CUUGAGACUGAAAGGGAAAUUACAUAUAAUUUAUUUUCAUGGAUCUUAGCUCCCUUUUAAGGAUAAAUAGAAAUCACGGUGAAAUAAAAGAAAUAUUCCCCGUUGAAUAUCCCAGAGAAGAAAGUGCAUUUGUGAUAAUGAAGAAGUAUUUUGAGACAGUGCCAUUUAUGGCAUUCAGCAUAAGUAUUUGGAAACAUAUGGGAAUGAUACUAGAACCACGUUUUACAAAACCCCGAAGAUAUUUCUACAUGUUCAUUAACAUGUUCCAAAAUGUCUUUCAAUUUGCCUACCUCUUUCACACCAAGGAGCUCGACAAGCUAAUCUUGAAUGGAUAUUUUACAUUUCUAUUCCUCAAUGCAAUCAUUCGAGCCAUUAUCAUUAUCAAUAGUCGGCAUAAAAUGGAGAAAUUCAUGGAAAAAGUAGGGCAUUUGUAUGAUAUUAUGGUAAAUUCAAAAGAUGAAUAUAUUAGCAACAUGGUCAAAGAAACAGGAAUUCGUGCUCAUCGAUUUUCAGUUUUAAAUUUCUGUCUUUCUUUGACCACUGGAACUUGCUUCUUAAUAUAUCCGGUAUUUGCUGGAAUGAUCGACCUCCCCUAUGGUAUUCAUGUUCCAGGUAUUGAGUACAUGAAGAGUCCUCUUUACGAAAUAUUAUACAUCUACGAGAUACUUGUCACUGCACCUGGGGCAUCCCUUUACAUUCCCUUUUCCAACCUUUUCACAUCUUUUUGUAUGUUUGCUGUUGUUCUCGUGAAAAUCCUCAAACAUAAAAUUAAUAAUCUUAAACGCCCUAAUGACACUGAAGAAUCAAUUACGCAAAAAUUGCACAAUGCUCUGGAAUAUCACAAAGUCUUAAUUGAUUUUGUCGAAGAGAUCAAUAACAUUGUCACUUAUAUUUGCCUAAUUGAACUUGUAUUCUUUGUCUUACUACUCUGUGCUCUGUUAUUCGUACUCAAUAUUGUCAAACUCCUUCCCCAAAUAAUCAUGGCAUGUCUCUAUAUUCUCCUGAUAAUGACUCAAUUAUUUAGUCUCUAUUGGAAUGCAAACGAGCUAUGGGUUGAGAGCCUAGACGUUGCUCAAACCAUUUACUUUUCCCCAUGGUACGAGAUGAGUCAAGAUACCAAAAAGAAAUUACUUUUGCUGAUGCUGAGAACUCAGCGACCUCUUAAAAUAACAGCAGGGCAUAUCUAUCCCUUAACACUUCAAGUCUUUCAAUCACUUCUCAAUGUAUCAUACACAUAUUUCACCGUAUUGCGACGAUUCUACAACAAAUAAAUCAAAAGUUAUUUACUUACAAUUGAU